GUGGUGGAGGCCUGCGCGGCGGCCAUGGCGGCCGGAUCCGCGCAGGGCAUGGCGGAUCUACGACGGCCAACCCUCCGCCCCCUCGUCCUCCCUGCUCUUGCGACCUCUGGCGACGCAGUUCUUGUUUCUCGCUCCAGCGCAAGCAUGUGGAUGAAGCACAUGCCUACAUCUAUCUUUCAAUCGGAUCUGACUAAAACUUCCGUCUCUUCCUUGGCAUGGGGCGGUGCAGAUCUAGUUCAUCCUGCUGCAGAACCGGCAGGGGAAGAUGCGGCUGGCAAGUACUACAUCCCGCACAAGGUCGGGUACGAGGUGCACCGGCUGGUCAUCAAUCAGGACCCCAAGUUCACCAAUUUCGUCGAGUGCCUUGCUCUUCCAUGAACGAUAAUUUGCAUGACGAAAAGGCUAUUGUACGCACCAUUAUCUUCAGAAGGCCUUUAUAUGUGUGAGCAGAUCAUCAGUUUCUGGUGCAGAGCUAGAGGCAUGAGGGAUGGCAUUGCUCAUCUACUUGUUUUGUUGGAUACAAUUUAUGUUUUCUAUAAGACAUGUGUAUGGAUGUAACUGGAUGUAACUGUUCUUGGAUGUAAUAAAAGAAUAGAAGAUAUUUUGAUUU